ACAGAGCAGACAGUGCUUCGCUUUGCUAAGGAAGGAAGCAGCAGCAUGCCUGCUAACGCAUAGAUCAGCAGUGGAGCAUGAAAACUGAAGACAGAUGAAAGGAGCGUCCUGAAAGAGUGCAGUCAUGUACAUAAUUCCUCCAGCAUUCGCUGAAUCUAAAGGUUAUCAUUAAGACAAAUGUGUCCUACAGAGCAGGAUUUCCACAGUUGCCGUGGAGAUAUACAUCACUUUAAACCAGGGAAAAUAACUGAUUAAAGAUUGACAAAGAAGAAUUGCAAGCAACUGAGUAAACUGCAUGGAACCAAGAACAAGAAUGUGCAGAGAAGAAAGGCAAAAAGGACACUGAGGAUAAGAUGUGCCAUUCUGUUGUGAUCUGCAUUCAGUUGCAUUCUCUCAUACAACACUCAGUUGCUUAACUGAUUCCUUAUCGAGCACUCUCCAGGAGUGAUUGGAUACAAUGAUAACCAACCUGUUCACUUUGCUCCUGCUGUUGUCCAUCCCGGAGUGGAGCUCCACCCUGAUCCGCCCUGUACCUGGAAUUAGCCCACCUGAUAAGGAUGGACGGACACUUCACCGCACUAAACGUGGAUGGAUGUGGAAUAGUUUCUUUCUCUUAGAGGAGUGGACUGGAAGUGGAAAGCAGUAUGUUGGCAAGCUUCAUUCUGAUAUGGAUACAGAGGAUGGUUCAGUGAAGUAUGUUCUCACAGGAGAUGGAGCAGGCACCAUUUUUGAGAUAGAUGAAAACUCGGGUGACAUUCAUGCCACCAGAAGGCUGGACCGAGAAGAGAAGGCCUCCUACACUCUUAGUGCUAAAGCGAUCAACAAAACCUCUGGACAGGUGCUGGAAAGAGCCUCCGACUUCAUCAUCAAAAUCCAUGACAUCAAUGAUAAUGAGCCAAAGUUCAGUAAGGACACCUACUUGGCCAGUGUUCCUGAGAUGUCCAAUGUUGGUGCAUUUGUGAUGAAAGUAUUGGCUACAGAUGCAGAUGACGAAUCCUAUGGAAACAGUGCCAGGCUUGUGUACAGCAUACUACAGGGACAACCCUACUUCUCUGUGGAGCCUGACACGGGUGUAAUAAGGACAGCUCUGCCCAAUAUGAUUCGAGAGAAUAGGGAACACUACCAGGUGGUGAUCCAGGCCAAGGACAUGGCUGGGCAGAUGGGUGGUCUCUCGGGCACGGCCACUGUCAACAUUACACUGCUGGAUGUCAAUAACAGUCCUCCUCGCUUCAAUUUUAGUGUCUACACUUUGAACGCUUUUGAGUCAGCUGAAGUGGGAUCCUCGGUUGGCUCGAUCAAGGCAAAUGAUGCAGACACAGGCGAGAAUGCAGAAAUGUGGUACAGCAUUCUGGAUGGCGAUGGGCAGGACGUGUUUAGCAUCGUCACAGACGCAGCAAGGCAGGAGGGGGUGAUCAUAGUCAAGAAGCCCCUAGAUUAUGAAAGCAAGCGGAUAUACUCGCUAAACGUACAAGUGACGAACACACACCUGGACCGGCGGUUCAGUCACUUAGGUCCAUUCAGCGACACAGCCACAGUCAAGAUCACAGUCAAAGAUGUGGAUGAACCACCUGUCUUUGGACGGAGCCAUUACAUUUUUGAGGUGGAUGAGGAUGCGCCUCCUGGAAAAUCCGUUGGCACAGUUUCUGCCCGGGAUCCUGAUGCUAUAAAUCACCUGGUCAAAUACACCAUCGAUCGGCACACCGACUUGGAAAGGCUGUUUAAUAUCGAUUCCAACAAUGGCACCAUCAGCAUCCUGCAAACUCUGGACAGAGAGACAUCCAAAUGGCACAACAUUUCAGUCUUAGCCACAGAAAUCAGUGGCUCCCUUCAAACUAGAGUUCCCGUGUUUAUCAAAGUGCGGGAUGUUAAUGAUAAUGCUCCGGAAUUCGCCAUGUAUUAUGAAACCUUCGUCUGUGAAAACGUUAAAGCUGGCCAGCUCAUUCAGACCAUCAGUGCAGUGGAUACAGAUGAGCCUCUUGUUGCACAUAAGUUUGUUUUCAGCCUGAGUACAGUGAACCCUAAUUUCACCAUCUUCGACAAUGAAGAUAACACAGCGCGGAUAUUGACACGCAGGGGAGGCUUCAGCCGUCAGGAGAUGAGCUCGUACCUGCUGCCUGUGGUGAUCUCGGACAAUGACUACCCCAUCCAGAGCAGCACCAGCACUCUGACCGUGCGUGUGUGUGCCUGCGACAGCCGCGGCAAAGUGCAAACAUGCAGCACAGAAGCGUUGCUGCUCUCUGCUGGGUUAAGCACUGGAGCACUGGUGGCUAUCUUACUUUGCAUAAUAAUUCUGCUCAUGAUUGUGGUCCUGUUUGCGGCUCUGAGGAGGCAGAAGAAGAAAGAGCCUCUGAUAAUUUCCAAAGAGGAUGUGCGGGACAACGUGGUGAGCUACAAUGACGAAGGGGGAGGAGAGGAGGACACGCAGGCAUUUGACAUUGGAACGCUAAGAAACCCAGAGGUGAUCGAUACCAAUAAAAUGCGACGAGACAUUAUCCCAGAAAUGUUAUUCCCCUUCCGACGUGUCUCCCCCAUAAAAGACAACACAGACGUGAGGGACUUCAUCAAUAGCCGUCUUCAAGAGAACGAUUCAGACCCCACAGCACCGCCUUACGAUUCUCUGGCUACCUACGCCUAUGAGGGUAAUGGCUCACUAGCAGAAUCUCUCAGUUCUCUCGAGUCAACAGCAACUGAGGGUGAUCAGGAUUUUGAUUAUCUUAGUCACUGGGGCCCACCAUUCAAAAAACUGGCAGACAUGUAUAUAGGAAAAGAGACACACAGAGAGACUUAAAGCCAAGUUUUAACACUGUACUGGGUAUUCUGAUUCAUAUCACUACAUGAACUUAGACCCACACUUUUAUGCAGUUGUGUAAUCCAUUUAGAGUCAAUGAAGACCUGAAAGUCAGCUACUGGAAACCUUUCAUACAGAAGACAGACUCUUUUCUUCUUCUCCGCAUUCUUCUAGUACUUCUUGCUCUUUCUCUUUAUCUCUUUUUUAUCCAGUAAAGAUGCCUUUGAAAUUUAGGAAUUUGUUGUGAUCAAUGGUGUGAACAAUGUGUUUUGUAUCUUCAAACAGUGAUAGCAGCUUUCUAUACUAUUGAUGUUUAUUGCUAAAUAAAUGGAUGAAAAUAAUCUGAUUAUUAGCUUAGAUUUUAUUGCAAACCAUGUCUACAAUAGAUACAUGUAUAAUAUGUUUUACAAUUAUGAACAUAAUGUAAACUCUUUGGAAUCUUUGUUUAAGAGGAUGUGUCCCAGUGAAAGGUUUGUAUGGAUUUUGUCAAACUGUGCAUUCAUCUCAGCACACUGAAUUAGAUAUGUAUAAUGAAAGGUGUAAUCUUGUAGAGUAAUGACCAUAAACUCUUCAUGUUGUUUGGAUGCUGUCAUGUUGUU